ACAUCAUCAUCGUCUAAACCCUAGCCACCACCUGAAUCUCUCUCCCUCCUCUUCGUGUGUAGCAGCCACCUCCGAAUCUUCCUCUCCCCUCUCCGACGAUAUAUCCACGACGGCCGGCGACCCACCAAGCCCGGGCGGCUCUCCUCCCCACGGCGGCAACGUGAGUCGUAGAUUGGGUAACCGCGGCUCCUCUCAAAACCCUGACGGCCGGCGACGCCCCGACGCGAGCUUCUCCUCCGGCUGCGCAUCUUGGUAGGUGACGGGCGGCGGCGCAAUCCUCCGGCAACGACCCGGGACGACGAGUAUUCCCCCUCCCCCGGCGGCACAAGAUCUGUAGCACCCAUCCGAGAGGCGGCGGCGAAACCCCGAGGCCAGGCGUAAGACUCACGAGCCGAUCUCUCCCCUAUAAGACCCUUACAAUGGAACAUGGAUCGUUCUCAGAUGAGAGCAAAUCGACAUUUUCUAUGGCUGAUGAAGAUCAUACACUUGCAAAUGCUCUCAGAUACACCUUGAAUCAAGAUCCAAGAGUGACAUUCUGUGGAUACAGCAUCCCUCAUCCUUCAGAUAAUCGUGUUAAUAUCAGAGUCCAAACAACAGGUGAUUCUGCAAGAGAGGUUUUGAAAGAUUCGUGCCAGAACUUGAUGGUGGUGUGCCAGCACGUGAGGAACACGUUUGACAAAUCUGUUCUUGAUUUCAAACUCACCAAGCCUGUUGGAGACAUUAAUAUCAAAUAAGUUUCCAAUUGAUUUAUUUUAAUUGGAUGGCCUUCUGUCACGAAUUCGCUUGAUUCUAUAUUCUAUGAUUUGAAAUAUUGGAAAUGGUUUCGAGUUCUUUAUCUCUUUUGGAACGAGAAAGAUUUGGAAUGAUCUUAACUGGAUUCUGAUUCUCUGUCUGAAUGAUCAAUGGAAAGGAAAAAUGUUAGGUGUACUAA